UCUCGUAUCUCUCUCUCUUUCUCUCUCUCUGUGUGAAAUCAGAAAAAGCUGAGAGAGAUUUGGUUUUUGAACUUUCUCUUUUAUUUAUUUACGGUAUCAGAUCUCAAAAACCACAAAGCUUCAAUUGCUUUUGUACUUUCAGCAUCGGAUUCUGAAUCACCUUCCACAGCAAGCUAUUGUCAGAGACUCAUAUCGGAUUCUACAAGUGCCUUUUUUUGUCUUCAUUGUGUGAAUCAUGUGGAGGUUCAAACCAUUUAUGCAAAAAGAACCUGUGGGGCUUGAAGGCCGUUCUCUUGAUGUUGGAAAUCUUAAAAUUAAUGUCCGAAAUGCCAUUGCGGAGGGAGGUUUCUCUUGUGUAUACUUAGCUCGGGACCUUGUGAAUGUGUCAAAGCAGUAUGCUUUAAAGCACAUUAUAUUUAAUGAUGAGGAAUUAGAGGAAUUGGUGAUGAAGGAGAUCUCAGUGUUGAAGUCACUUAAGGGACAUCCUAAUGUUGUCACACUCUAUGCCCAUACCAUCUUGGAUAUGGGACGAACUAAAGAAGCAUUCCUUGUGAUGGAAUUCUGUGAGAAAUCUCUGGUUAAUGUGCUGGAAAGCAGAGGAUCCGGAUUUUUUGAUGAGAAACAGGUCCUCUCAAUCUUCAGGGAUGUCUGUAAUGCUGUUUUUGCCAUGCACUGCCAGUCCCCACCCAUUGCCCACAGAGACUUGAAAGCUGAGAAUCUUUUGCUGGGAUCUGAUGGAGUAUGGAAGUUGUGCGAUUUUGGCAGCACCUCUACCAAUCAUAAGCGUUUUGAGAAGCCUGAAGAAAUGGGCAUUGAAGAAGAUAAUAUCAGGAAGCACACAACACCUGCUUAUAGAGCACCCGAGAUGUGGGAUCUCUUUCGGAGAGAACUUAUAAAUGAGAAGGUAGACAUAUGGGCGCUGGGUUGCCUCCUCUAUCGGAUUUGCUACUUCAAAAGUGCAUUUGAUGGAGAAUCAAAGCUUCAAAUUUUAAAUGGGAAUUAUCGCAUUCCAGAGUUACCCAAAUAUGGCUCCUCUGUUACAGACCUGAUCAAAGAGAUGCUUCAAUCUUCACCAGAUGACAGACCAGACAUCACGCAGGUGUGGUUUCGUGUUAAUGAGCAGUUACCUGCUAAUCUUCAGAAGUCUUUACCUGAUAGGCCACCUGAAAUGAAAUCCGCGGACAUACAUGAAGGUAUUCCAAAGCCUGCAUAUAAGGCGCAUCCAGUGCCUCGCAGAAGUCCGCCACCCCCACCUUCAUCUGGAGAACAAACUAGGAACACAUCACAACCUUCUUCUAGGGCAGGGGGAGGUGGGGGGCAGCUUGGUGCUUUCUGGUCCAGUCUGCAUGCAAAAGAUUCAGUUGUUCCUGAGGAUAUGACAAGACCCAAAUUUGAUGAAGAACCUACUACCCAUGGUACAUCAAAAAAUGAUCAAUUUAAGCCUGAGAAUCUUCCUUUACCUAGGAAUACUAGCCCUGCAAAAGAGGCAGACAUACAAACUUAUACUGUUCGAAAAAAUGCACAUGGUAAAUCACAAAAGGCUGAGGAUGGCUCUCCCAAGGAUUUUGAGAUGACAUUUUCCCAUAAGGGUACAGACCGUGGCACACAUAGGCCAAAACCAUCAAAAGUUGAGACUACAGCUACUUUUCAAGAUGACACUUUUAACACUUUUGUUGCUGAAUUUGAUACUGAGAAGUUUAGCUCCACAGUUAGUAAUAGUAAUUCUGAAAAGGAGGAAGCAUUAGAGGCUGAAGUAGCGAGGCUGAAGGGGCAGCUGAAGCAAACAAACUUGGAGAAGGUUGAAAUAACUUCAAAAUUUGAAAAGCUAUCUGCCAUUUGUCGAUCUCAAAGACAGGAGAUUCAAGAGCUCAAGCAAGCACUUGCUGCUAGAAAUCCAUCACCAAAUAAAAAUGUUUCAAAAAUUCAAACCUCUCCUGCAACUCCUUUGCAAAAGGACAAGAUUGAAGGAACAAUUUGGGAACCACAGCAAGAAAAAUCUGACAGGAAUAGUGUGAGCCCAGAGCCAAAGCAAUGGCAAGCAUUUGCUGAGGAACCUAAGCCACAGAAACCUCUUUCAAAAGAGAACCCUUCCAAAUCUGUUAGGACAAGAAAUGGUCACCAAACUAAGCAGGCUGCACAAGCAAACACUGGUUUUGAUUCAUGGGGUUUUGGAACAGAGAGUUUCUCAGCUGCCCCCAGUAAUAGCCCUCAGAUAUCAAAACCCAUCAGUGACGGAAAUAAUGCUCAGCGUUUUGGGGAGGCAAAGAUUGCAGAUACCAAGCCAGCUUCUCAACCUGCUGGAUGGGCAGGUUUUUAACUCAAGGCCAUCUGGGAAGUUAUAAUGGAGGUAUUCUGUGAGAACCCCACUAUAUUUCUUGGCACCCUUGGUGAGAAAAAUGAGAAUAGUGAAAAUUUAGUAACUUAUUGGCUUUUGGGCUUGAUUUGUGUUCUCUGGGUGCUUGUGUUUUAUAGAUGCUUUAAUGCGGAAACAUUUGUGAUAUUAUUCUUGACUAAGUACCAGACUACAGGUGUAUACUUUAAUGCAUGUCUCAAUUGUUGUUUAAAGUUC